AUGGGAGACUCUGGCAGCUCCAAACCAUCUGAAUGGACCCAGGUCAAUGGAUCGCAUACCUCGGACGAAAUGAUAUCCAAUGAAGCGGGCAGCGUAGAGCCCAUCGCAAUUGUUGGUGUUAGCUGUAGACUCCCUGGAGGUGCUUCAUCACCUUCGAAAUUAUGGGAUUUACUUGAAGCCGGAAAGUCGGCGUGGGGCCCGUUCCCAUCAAAUAGAUUCAGCCAUUCAGGUUUUCACAGUCCAUUCGGGCUCAAAAACGGAACUACAAAUACGAACGGCGGUCACUUCCUAGAAGACGAUAUUGCUGCAUUCGAUGCUGCAUUCUUUGGAAUUCGGCCCAUGGAAGCAACUGCUAUCGACCCUCAGCAACGGCUUCUGCUCGAAGUUGCCUAUGAAGCUUUCGAAAAUGCUGGCAUUACAAGUGAACAAGUAUGGGGAUCAAAUACUGGAGUCUAUGUUGGCCAGUGGACAUCCGACUAUAAUGAGGUCCUCAGUCGUGACACGAAUUUCCCUGCUUUCUAUCAGACAACAGGCACUGGCCCUGCUAUAUCUUCGAACAGAUUAUCCUAUUAUUUUAACAUGAAGGGACCAAGUUUCACAGUGGACACCGGUUGUUCUGCAAGUAUGGUCGCCUUACACUCGGCUGUUCAAAGUCUUCGCACGGGAGAAACAGACCGCAGUUUUGUGGCAGGUGUCAACUUGACAUUGGAUCCCCAGAGAUAUACAUACCAAAGUCAGCUCAAGAUGUUCUCAAAAGAGGGAAAAUCUUUCCCAUUUGAUGAAAGAGCGAAUGGAUAUGGGCGAGGAGAAGGCUGUACUGGUGUCGUUCUCCAGACAUUAUCCAGUGCACUCAAAGAGGGGAAACCAAUUCGAGCCAUAAUACGAAAUUCUGUCCUCAAUCAAGAUGGACGGACUCCUGGAAUCAGUGUACCGAGUGGUCUUGCGCAAUCUGCUGCUAUCCGCAAAGCUUACGCUCAAGCUGGUAUCAAUUUACUAGAUGUUGACUAUGUAGAAGCUCAUGGUACAGGUACCAAGGUCGGCGAUCCAAUCGAAGCAAAAGCAAUUGCUGAUGCGUUGUCUUCUUCAAGGGAUGAGGAGAACCCUCUCUUGAUUGGUUCUGUCAAAGGAAAUGUUGGGCAUUUGGAAAGUGCUGCUGGCCUGACGGGCUUAUUGAAGGGUCUAUUGAUGCUUGAGAAAUGUCUGGUGCCUCCUCAGGUAAACUUUGAGCGCGCGAAUACUACAAUACCAUUGAAGCAGUUGAAAUUAAGGGUAAGCACUUAUGACGAACAGUUACCCCUUCGUGACCUUCGAAGAAUCUCUAUCAAUUGCUUUGGCUAUGGUGGCACAAACGCUCACGUUAUUCUCGACUCUGUCGAUUCAUUUUUUGCUCCUCCUUCACCAUUGACAGGACGAAUCAAAGCGCCAUCGAAGCCCGAAAAGUCCGCUAGGAGCAGAAUCUUUAUUCUAAGUGCUGAGACUGAAAAGUCUGUUCAAGUUUCGGCGCAAAAAAUGGCCGAAUAUCUCAAAAGCAAAUCUGGAUAUACUGUAAAUGCUGACAUCUGGCUGAACAAUCUCGCAUAUACCCUUGGGAGGAGAUCACUUUUUGGACACCGAGCUGGAGUGGUGGCAUCCGCAGUGGAUGAACUCAUAGUUCAGUUAGAGGACUUGUCCCAGCAAGCAGUUCCCAGGCGGGAUACGAAGGGACAGCGCCGCAUCGGCUUCGUAUUUAGCGGACAAGGUGCACAGUAUGCCGGCAUGGGAAAAGAAUUGCUUGGGAACUUUCCAGCUUUUAGUAACUCGCUCGAGCGUGCUGGAAAAUGCUUGACAGAUAUUGGUUGUUCGUGGGAUCUAAUCUCCGAAUUGUUGAAACCGGCCGAAGAAACACGUGUCGAUGAACCGGAAGUUGCUCAACCAUUAUCGACAGCUAUCCAACUUGCCCUUGCCGAUACACUUGCAGAGCUGGGCAUCUUCCCAUCAUUUGUGGCCGGCCACUCCAGUGGUGAGAUUGCUGCAGCAUACUGUGCUAAAGCUAUCUCCUUUGACGAUGCGAUGACUGUGUCUUAUCACCGAGGUCGACUUGCCAGUACACUGCGCAAGAGGGUUUCUGAUCAUCCAGGUGGCAUGUUGGCUGUUGGCGAAUCUCCUGAAGUCGUUGCCGCUAAAAUCAAGGAGAUUGGAGAAGCUCAAACACGCCUUCGAAUCGCAUGUUUCAACAGUCCAUCCAGUGUGACUGUCUCGGGUGACGAUGACGCCAUUUUAUUACUGCAAGAAGUUUUGAGUGGUGCUGAUAUUUUCAACCGUAAAUUACGUACUGGAGGUGCAGCUUACCAUUCGCACCAAAUGGAUCUGAUCGAAAGUGAAUAUCGUAAAGCCUUGGAUGGUAUCAAGGGUGGAAAGACAGAUGUAUCCAUCGUGAUGGUCUCUUCUCUCACUGGCGAAGAUAUUGGAGAUACUGUUAUCGACAAAGACUACUGGGUCCAGAACCUUGUAUCUCCAGUGAAAUUUACCGAAGCAACAAGAAAACUAUGUCAGACUUGGUCAGGGCAGAAGAGACUGGAUCUUCUUCUUGAACUGGGUCCUCAUUUCCAGCUUGGUGGUCCGAUUUCACAAACGCUCCGUACUCUUCGGGGAGAUUCAGCUAAGAUUCCUUACACGGGAACUCUCAAGAGAGGGACAAAUGCUGAAACAACCAUUUUCUCAGCUCUAAGGACUUUAUUCUUGGAAGGCUUCCCAGUCAAACUUGAUCUUGUCAAUAAUGGGUUUGAUUCAACAACUGCUAACAAGCUUGUAACUGAUGUUCCUUCUUACUCCUUCGACCAUAGCCGGACAUUCUGGCACGAGAGUCGUAUCUCUAAGGCUUAUAGAUACAGGAAGAACAUACCACAUGACCUACUAGGAACGAUGGGGGGUGAUUAUAACAGCGUUGAGCCUCGAUGGCGUAAAUUCAUCCGCUUGGAUGACCUUCCUUGGUUACGAGGACACAUCGUUCAAGGUCAAGUCGUGUUCCCGGCUGCAGGUUACCUUGCUAUGGCCAUUCAAGCUAUGAAAGAGCAAAUAUUGGAUGAAAAUCCGGAUGCGUCUAUCAAGAAUUAUAAACUUCGCAACGUUAGCUUUGGGAUGGCAUUGGUUCUGUCGGAAGGGAUCGAAAACCUCGAGCUUAAUUUCUCACUGAGACCACAAGUGCACUCAGCACGAAAGUCUUCCAAGACGUGGAAUGAGUUCCGUGUUUUUACAGUGACUGCCGAUAACUCUUGGACAGAACACUGUCGUGGUUUAGUCCAUGUUGAAUUGGCGAGUGAAGGUGAUAUGAAUAGGGUCAUCUCAGCUCAAGAUCAGGACUUACACGCACAGUUGCUCCAGUUUGGGAAAUAUAUAAACCCAAAGAAACUGUACUUUCUGGCAAAGGACUUGGGCCUCGACUGGGUAAGUCCAUUUGACAACGUGAUUGAUGUCAAGACAACAAACGGUGCAGCUAUAUCCACCGUCAAGCCAUCAGAUCAGGAUGCAACACCAUAUCUUAUUCAUCCAGCUGUCUUGGAUGCCUGUCUAUUCCACAGUCUUUAUGCUGUUCUCAUUUUCGAGGAUAACUUCAAGGAGACUGUUGUACCCACUUUCAUUAAGACUCUGAAUGUAGCGGGCAAUCUGGGAGACCUCUCGACGAAGAACUUGACGUGUUUUGCAAGAAGAACCACUGGCCAACUCACCUACGAUAUUGGUAUUUUUGACAAAGAGGUAGAACCUGCAACCGUUUUUCUUCAAGCGUCUACAGUUACAGCGACCAGACUCCCAGGGCUUGUACCUGUUGAAGAAGGCUCCCGCGAUCUUAUCCACUCCAUUGAAUGGGUCACAUAUAUGCAAAGCUUGACCAAAAAUCAAAUUAAAAGAUUUAAAGAGGGACUGGAAAAGGUGGACUCUGUCAUGGACAGAAACAAUAGAUUAGAUGCACUAGCCAUGUCUUACAUACAACAAGCACUGAAAGAGGUCUCUCCAGAGGAAGUCGGAGAAGGGCAUCUGAAGCACUGGUAUGCCUGGAUGAGAACCCACGCAUAUGAUAGUUUUGACACUACUGUCCUAGCUGAGGCAAUGAUGGAUGAAACCAUCGGUGGUCAAGCACUUCGAAGACUUGGGCCUCACUUGCCAGACAUCCUUCGAGGCAAUGCUCAUCCUCUGUCAUUCAUGAGAGAGGAUGGCCUGUUAGAAAAGGUCUAUCUCGAAGAACGAUGCAUUCGAUGUUAUGAUCAGAUUGCAGCUUACUGUGCCGAGUUUGGUCGACAGGCACCGGAUAUGAAGAUUCUCGAGAUAGGAGCAGGAACAGCAUCGGUUACGUUACCAUUGUUGGAGAAGAUCAAGUCAGAUGAUAGGGUUCUGGCCUCACGAUAUGAUUUCACUGACAUUUCGGCUGGCUUCUUCCCUGCAGCAAAAGAACGUCUGGCUGAAUACGAAAAUGUGGUUAACUAUCAAGUUUUAAAUGCUGAGAACGAUCCCGUCGAACAAGGAUUCUCUGCAAAUAGUUAUGAUAUCGUUGUCGCCUGCAACGUGAUUCAUGCUACCUCAAAUAUUGAGACGGUGUUGAAAAACGUACGAUCAUUGCUUCGACCUGGUGGUAAAUUUAUUCUGAUGGAAAUCACAUUGAAUCAACUCUACUACAACAUGUUUUACGGAGCAUUCUCUGGAUGGUGGAGUGGCUACGAUGAGGGCCGUACGAUGUCCCCUUUACUCAGCAUUCCUCAGUGGAAGGAUAAACUUUACAAGACAGGCUUUGAACAAACAGAACCCAUGUUCAACGAUUAUGAACGGAAGGAUGGAGGUACAAUCAGUGUAUUUGUCGCGCAUGCAAACGAGACACACAAAUCUGAAGCAGUCAAUUCUGCGGUGGACAUCGUUGGCCUCUCUCCUGAUGAUAAUGUUGCCGGUCGUCUGUCAAAGACACUGAAGGAAUUGCUUUCUAAUCAAGACAUUCUCCCAACCAAUCUUCAGGCACUAGGCCAGAGCGAUACUGUCUCUAUCUUCCUUCCGGAAGUCUGCGAUCUUCUCGCAGGAUCACUGGAUGAAGAGCAGUGGAAGUCGCUGAAAGAGCGGAUCACCACGUCAAGAGCAGCUCUUUUCAUCACACAAGCAAGACUUUCGGAGUCUACCAGGCCAGACGGCACUGUCAUUAACGGCUUCCUUCGCUCGCUCCGCAUGGAACAUCACGAAAUACGGCUUAUCUCCCUAGAGAUCAGCGCCGAAGGCACUGUAGACAGUGUCGCAGAUGUGAUUGCGGAGGUACUUUGUAGUCCAUCAUUUGAUCUCGAUGCUGUUGCUGGUGACGUUGAGUCGGAAUAUCGGGAAAGAGACGGUCAGCUCUAUGUGCCUCGAGUUAUUGCUCAACGUGAGAUGAGCAAAUUUGUCCACAGUUCUCUAGGAAAAUCCCAACCCACAGGAUCGUCUUUCCUCGGACACAAUAGAGUCCUUACAGCAGAGCUCGCCAUUCCUGGGUUACUAGAGACAGUCAGAUGGAGGGACGACCCUGAAGCUAUUGGACCGCUAGAUCCGGACCAUAUCAAAAUCAGGCUGGGUGCAGCCAGUAUCAACUUCAAGGACGUUCUUAUUGCCUCCGGCCAGUUGGAAGGUAUCAACCAGAUGCAAAAUGACUGCUCCGGUACUGUCGUGGAGGUUGGAGCAAAUAUGAGAAAUCGGUACAAGCCCGGCGACCGUGUGUGUGCUCUUUACUCUCGUUCAUACACCAAUUAUCCCAUUGUUCAUGGUGACUGCUGUCAUCUUAUUCCUGACACACUGUCGAUUGAAGAAGCAGCAUCCCUUCCAAUUGUUUGGAUCACCGUCUACUAUUCAAUCAUUGAUAUGGGUAAACUAAAAAAGGGCGAAAGUGUGCUUAUUCACUCUGGUGCUGGAGCUGUUGGUCAAGCUGCCAUUAUGCUGGCGAAAUACCUUGGCGCAAAGAUCUUUGUGACUGUCGGGAGUGACGCGAAGAAAGAAUUCCUCAUGGAGAAAUUUGGUAUUCCUGAGGAUCACUUCUUUUCAAGCCGUAACACAUCUUUCUACGAAGAAAUUAUGCAAAUCACAGGUGGCCAUGGUGUUGACGUGGUCCUCAACUCCUUGAGUGGUGAGAUGUUCCGCGAGUCGACUAACGUUGUCGCACCCUUUGGACGAUUUGUCGAGAUUGGUCGUAAAGACCUGAUGGAUGACGCUUUAAUGCCAAUGGAGUUCCUUCUUAAGAAUGUGACCUUUUCCUACGUCGACAUGGCCCUCGUCAUUGCAAAGGCCAAAACACUCGCUCAACGUGUGCUUCACGACGUUAUUGAGUUGAUCAUUGCUGGUGCUAUUAGCCCUGUCUCUAUUAUGACAAUGCCGAUUUCGAAGCUCGAGGAUGCUUUCCGUCUGAUACAAGCCGGCAAGCACAUUGGAAAAGUGAUCCUGACCGUAUCAGAAGACCAAAGAGUAAAGAUUAUUCCUCCUCGCCCAGAGUUAGCAAAGCUAAAACAAGACGCGACCUACAUCGUCGUGGGAGGCCUUGGUGGUCUUGGAAAGCAGAUUGUCAAGUGGAUGGCCGAAAGAGGCGCAAAGAACAUCGUGACAUUUUCCCGCUCCGGUACCCUGAACGAGCAGACAUUGGCUUUGAUCGACUCUGUAAAAGAAUUGGGAACUACUGUUUACGUCAAGAAGUGCGACGUAGGCGAUAUGGAUCAGUUGAGACGAGUUAUGGCCGAACUGAAAGACAACCUGCCCCCAAUUCGUGGUAUAGUACAGUCGGCAAUGAUUCUCGAGGACUCUGUGUUCGAUGAGAUGACAUUUAAGCACUGGUUGGACGCUGUCAACCCUAAGGUAGAAGGUACCUGGAACCUUCACAAGGCUUUGCCAUCAAAUCUUGACUUCUUCAUCAUGUUGUCCUCCGCUGUUGCUGUUGCUGGUAACGUGGGUCAAAGCAACUACUCUGCAGCCUGCGCUUUCCAGGAUGCUCUUGCUCAUUACAGAACCUCUCGUGGUCUACGUGCCCACUCCAUCAAUGUGGGCGCAAUUGUCGAAAUUGGUUAUGUGAGCGAAAAUCCAGAGGUUGCUGCAUCCCUGCGUCGACAAGGUAUGGGCACUACAUCCGUGUAUGAAUUCCUUGCCCAUCUCGAUCAAGUUAUUUCCAACCCUAUUGCAUGUCAGCCUGGUCACUGCCAAACAUCAAUUGGGUUGGUCCCAUCUGGGGACGAACUUGGGCUUGGAGAAAGUGUCUGGAUGGAAGAUAUGAAAUUUACCCAUGUGCGUAGACAAGGCUCAUCUCAAAUUCAAAUCUCCGGAGCAACUUCAGAUGUGAUAACCGAACUUCGUUCAGUAGGCACGCCUGAGGACGCAGUUGAAGUCAUUUGUCAGGCAAUUUUGAUCCAGUUGAGUAAAGUCACCGCACUGCCCGCGGAGCGUCUCAGCCGUGGUGAAAGUUUGGAUACCUAUGGCGUUGACUCACUUGUUGCCGUUGAGCUUAGAAACUGGAUUGGCGCUUACUUACAAGCGAACGUGCCUCUACUAGUCUUGAGAGGUACUGGAAGCAUUCAGGAGUUGGCAGAGAUGUCACCAAAGAGUCCCGGCUCGUGGAGGAUUCCUUAAAGCCGAAGACUGUGUUGAAGGAGUGAUGAUAAAUGGUUAUGAUUAGUAUUGUUUGAUUGUUUUUAUUUGUACUAGGCCGUAUACUUAGUUUCUUUCUUCCAC